UUAAUACUUAUGAUUUUACAGUAAGGCAGCCGAGUUCGAAAGAUUACUGCAAACGAAGUCGGUUGCCGGCAGUAGUAUGACAGACACUAGUAAAGUUGUGAUUUGUUUGGACCUAGCUGCGUCUAUUUUCGGAGCUGAUCUGGAUAAUAAAGCAGCAAUCAAAUACUCAGGCUUGAAAGGUCCAACAUAUACAAACUGCAGGAAGAUUGUUGAAAAUCUUUUAGAAAUUAAUAAUGAAAAACUAAGUAUCCAUUUCCUGUGUGUAUCAUUACAAUGCUCUGGUGUACAAAGUUUGGCUGAAAGAAUACUCGAAGAAUACCAAAGACAAGCUAAAACUAAUAUUGAUUUAAAUUUGCCUCAGUAUGUGUGUAUGGCUGUAUAUCAAGCAUGCAGAGUUAAUAAAGUUAAAGUUCCAAAGACUAAAAUAUUAGAAAAGUCAAGAUUAAAACCAGCACAGUGGGCAAAAUUAGACGCUGAUUGGACAAAGCUGGUUGAUGAAAAGUUUGCUACUCUAAAAAAAAAGGGUAGACCUGCUAAAAAUACUGAGCAAAAUGAGGAAGACCAAAUCAUGGAAGUAGAUAGUCAAAGUCCUAAGGAAGAGAAGCCAACGGAACCUCAGAUAGAACCUUAUGAAGAUUGGAAGAAACGAAUGCUAGAAGCUGCCUAUAAGGAGUUAAAAGCGUUAGAACUGAAAAGAAAAGAGGCAGAAGAGAAAGAAAGAGUUAAGAAGAUAAAAGAAGUGAUGACGUCACCAAGACGAUCGCCUCGAAAGACACCACAAAAGUUUUCACCUUACAAAAGCCCUGUAAAACCUGUUAAUGGAAUAAGGCUCUUGUUUCCGCGGGAACUAUGAUUUUUAUUGCCAUACUUUAAAAAAUUGGACAUCGUGCCUUUCUGAUUACAAUUUAAGUUUUAUUUAUGAAAAUUUAUAUAAAUUAAUUAGAAUUUAAUUUUAAAAUUAUAAAUUUGAAACUA